AUGUUGCGUAUAGUGAGCUGGAACAUCAAUGGGAUCCGGAGUCCCCUGCAAGGGCUGGUAUGCCAGGAACCCAGCAACUCUGCCGCCAUGGCCAUGGGACGUAUUUUGCAAGAGCUGGAUGCCGAUAUCGUCUGUCUCCAAGAGACCAAAGUGACCAGAGAUGUACUGACAGAGCCCCUGGCUAUUGUUGAGGGGUAUAACUCCUAUUUCAGCUUCAGCCGCAGCCGUGGUGGCUAUUCUGGUGUAGCCACCUUUUGUAAGGACAGUGCUACCCCAGUGGCUGCUGAAGAAGGCCUCAGUGGUCUGUUUGCCACCCAGAAUGGGGAUGUAGGUUGCUAUGGAAACAUGGAUGAGUUCACCCAAGAGGAGCUCCGGGCUUUGGAUAGUGAGGGCCGAGCCCUCCUUACACAACACAAGAUCCGCACAUGGGAAGGGAAGGAGAAGACUUUGACCCUAAUCAACGUGUACUGCCCCCAUGCAGACCCUGGGAAGCCUGAGCGUCUGACCUUUAAGCUGCGUUUCUAUCGCUUGUUGCAGAUCCGAGCAGAAGCCCUCCUGGUGGCUGGCAGCCAUGUGAUCAUUCUGGGGGACCUGAAUACAGCCCACCGCCCAAUUGACCACUGUGAUGCAGGCAACCUGGACUGCUUUGAAGAGGAUCCGGGGCGCAAAUGGAUGGAUGGCUUGCUUGGUAACCCCGGGUGCCAGGCUGGGUCCCAUGUAGGGCCCUUCAUUGAUAGCUACCGCUGUUUUCACCCACAGCAGGAGAGGGCCUUCACCUGCUGGUCUGUGGUCAGCGGUGCCCGCUAUCUCAACUAUGGCACCCGGCUUGACUAUGUGUUGGGAGACAGGACUCUGGUCAUAGAUAAUUUCCAGACCUCCUUCCUGCUCCCUGAGGUGAUGGGCUCUGACCACUGCCCUAUUGGUGCUAUCCUGAAUGUGUCCUGUGUGCCUGCAAAACAGUGCCCACCUCUGUGCACCCGCUUCCUCCCUGAGUUUGCAGGUACCCAGCUCAAGAUUCUCCGCUUCCUAGUUCCUCUUGAACAAGGACCUGUGCUGGAGCAGUCAGUACUGCAGUUCAGUGAUCAAACCCAGGUGCAGAAACGGCAAAACAAAGUCCGUGUGUGUACUUCCAGGCCUCGGCCAAGUCAGGCUGGCCCCAGAAGAAGCCAGAAAAACCUGACGAGCUAUUUCCAGCCUUCCUCCAGCCGUCCCAAAACUUCUGACUUGAAGCUACCUAACCUGCCUCUGGUGGGAACCCUUGUGACCCCAAAGACUCCCGAAGAGGAGGCAAUGACCAAAGUGGUAGAAGAGCAGGCCAAGGCUUCAGACACCAAAGAUGAGAAGGAGGGACAGUCCUCGUUCUGGAAGUCUGUCCUGGGGGGGCCCUCGCCUAUGCCUCUCUGCAGAGGCCACAGGGAGCCAUGUGUAAUGCGUACUGUGAAGAAGCCGGGACCUAACCUGGGCCGCCACUUCUACAUGUGUGCCAGACCCCGGGGUCCUCCCAGUGACCCCUCCUCCCGCUGCAGCUUCUUUCUUUGGAGCCGGCCCAGCUGA